UGCUUUUUACCUACUUUUUUAAAAAUGCAGAGACAGCAGUGACAAGUUAUGAAAAAGUGGAAACGCCGAUAUUAGGAACAAUAGAGAGUAGAAAAAUUCAAAAACAAUUUACUUACUUACUUUAUAAAAUAUAUAUAUUUACAGUUCUCUUCAUUUCCGUAGAAAACCCCCUCCCGAAACCCUUUUUCUCCCUCCAUUCGCCAACCCUAAAAAUACUUUCUCCCUCUUCCUAACCAUCUUUCCAUUUCUUUGCAGCUUCACAAAAUUUUCCCUAUUUAUUGUGUAAAUUAGGAAAUGAGAAAUGUCGGGAUCUGAGACAGGAGGUGCAGUGAUGAUGAGUUCAUUCACAAUCGGAGUUCACAACACUCCGCCGGCGGCGGCGUCACAGCCAAUGACACACACCAUGCGUCUAGGCAACAGUUCCGACGGAACAGCCGUAUACAAACCACUCGCCGGAAACUCCUCUCCGUUCCAGUCCGCCGCCACGAGUGGCGGUGGCGCCACCGGCGAGGGUCAGGCCAUCAUACCGCAUAAUUUGAACGUGAAUGUGGGGGAACCCGUAAAGAAGAAGAGAGGGAGGCCCAGAAAGUACGGCCCAGAAGGCGCCAUAUCAUUGGGCCUGACUCCUGCGACUGCACCGCGUCCUGCAGCUGUUGCUCAGCCCACUCCAACUUUCUCUCCGUCGUCCCAUACUCCGGCUCCGGUCUCACCGUCUUCGUUGAAGAAAGGUAGAGGUCGACCACCUGGGUCCAGCAAGAAACAACAAAUGGAAGCGCUUGGAGCAGCAGGAGUUGGAUUUACACCACAUGUUAUCACUGUGAAAACUGGAGAGGAUGUGUCAUCAAAGAUAAUGUCAUUCUCUCAGCAUGGUCCUAGAGCUGUUUGCAUCCUGUCUGCAAAUGGUGCUAUAUCCAAUGUUACUCUUCGUCAAGCGGCAACAUCUGGUGGAACUGCAACAUAUGAGGGGCGAUUUGAGAUUCUGUCGCUAUCUGGUUCGUUUCUGCUGACAGAGGUUGGUGGUCAUAGGAGCCGAACUGGUGGGUUGAGUGUUUCGUUAGCUGGACCAGAUGGACGUGUUUUGGGUGGUUGUGUUGCUGGGCUUCUUACUGCUGCAUCCCCUGUUCAGGUAAUCGUGGGCAGUUUCAUUGCAGAUGGUCGCAAGGAAUCGAGGCCUAUAAACCAAGCGGAAUCACUUUCUGCUCAACCAAAGCUCGCCCCAGGUUUCGGUACAACAGGAGCAAGCAGCCCUCCAUCACAUGGGACCCUCAGUGAAUCCUCUGGUGGGGCUGGGAGCCCCCUUAACCACAGCACAGGCAACAACACAAACCCCCAAGGCAUGUCGAGCAUGCCAUGGAGGUGAUCUUUCAGCGGGUUGGUUUUCCCUCUAAUUUGUUGAAGCACGGUCUCUCUAUUGUUUAUUAGCUAAUUCCUUCACCCAUGGAGAGAUCAGCUUGUAACCGUAGCACAAUGCGCUGUUGUAGUGGCAUGGAAUAAGAAAAACUUCCGUUAGACCUUGGUGUUGAGGGAAAUAGUCAACCUUGUAGUAGUAAACAUGUGUUUGUUAGGUUUGUGUUUUUCGGAAUUCUGUUGGUUAGGAUGACGAUUUAGUUUGCCUGUGUUUUGUCUGUUGUAGUAGCCUGUUGCUCUCAGAUGAUACCUAACUUUCAACUCUUUCUCCCGUGGUCCAGGUAUUAGGGUUCCUUAUCUAUUCUUCCUCA